AUGCGCGCGGAGCGCGCGCGCGCGCGCGCCGGCGCGAUUCGCAGCGCGCUGCUGCCGCCGCAACGCGCGCUCGCUCGCGCGCGCGCCGAGCCGCGCGCAGCUCGCGCGCAGCUCGCCGCUAGACGCGACGCGCCGCGACCCGCGCGCGCGCGCGCUCCGGCGCUCGCGACGCGCGCCGCAGCGUCGCCGCGCGCGCAGCGCCGCCCGACGCCGCCGCGCGCCGGGCGCCGCCGCGCGCCCGCAAGCGCGCGCGACUCACGCGCGGCACCGCGCGCUGCGCGUCGCCCGCGACCGCGCGCGCGCGCGGCUCCGCGGCCCGACGCCGCGCACGAACGCACGUCGCCGAUUUCCCCCGGCGUUCGAGACACCGCGCCCGCGCCGCUCUCGGCGACGCGCGCGCGCGCGUCGCGCGAGCUCGCGGCAGCGCCCUCGACUCCGCUCCGCGCCGCCCGCGCAGCCGCGCGAUUAUCCGCUCGCAGCGCGGGAUCGCCGCCGUCGCGCCUGCGCCGCGCCCGCCGCGCGCGCGCGCCGCGCGCUCGCGCGCCGCAGCGCGCGCGCGCUCGCGCGCGCGCGCGACGCGCGCGCCUGGCGGCGUCGCGCUCGCACGCGCGACGCGGCGGCGAGCCGUCGCGCGCGGAUCGCGCGAGGCGGCGCAUCGCGCGAUUUCGCGCAGCCGCGCGUCGCGCGUCGCCCGCGCGCGCCGCCGCGCCUGCGCCGCGCGCACGCGCGCGCUACGCUGCCCGCGCGCGCUCGCGACGCGUGCGCGCCGCCCCGCGCGAUUCGUCAGCGGUCGCCACGCUCCACCCCGGCGCUCGCUCGAGCGACGCUGCCGGUCGCGGCUUCCCGCUAGCCCCCGCGCGCGUCGCGACGCCGCGAGCCCGCGCGCCGGCGCCGCGCCGCGCGCGCUCCUCGCGCGAGCGCGCAGCCGCCGCGCGACCGUCGGCGCCGUACCGCCGCCGCGAUCGCGCUGCGGUCGGCGCCGCGCUGUCUGACGCGCGCGCGCACCAGCGCGCGAGCGCGCUACCGAGCGAUCGCGCCGCAGCGCGCGCGACGCCGCGCGCGCGCGCGCGCGCCGCUCGCGAGCGCAGCCUGCCGCGCCGCGGCGAUCGCGACGUCGCGCGCGUCGACGCAUCCGCGCCGCUGCGCGCCGGGCAGCGCCGAACGCGCGCCCGCGCGCGUCGAGCGCGCGCCGACACCCACUCCCGAGCCCGGCAGCGCACGCCGCCGCGCGGCAUCGUCGCGAGUAUCCGCCAGCGCGGCGUCGCGCGUCGCUAUUCCGCCGCCGCGACGCGCGCUGCGAGCCCCGCGCGCUGCGACGCCGCGCGCCGCCGGCGCGCGACGCGCGCCGCACCCUGA